AAAAGGCAAAGGGGUGCGGCCGAGAGCCCCGCCCCUCGCCUGCUGUGUGGCGUCUGGGAGCGAGUUCGGUGUUCUCGGUGCGGACACCGCGGUAGCGGCGAUUUCCCGGGCCCCUGUGGUGGGUGUCCGGCGGCCCAGACCGUCAGUGAACCGGCUGCGCAGGCCGGAGGGGCCAGGAGUCGGUCUCAGAGCGGUGGGCCGUUGUCGAAGGGCGUCUUUUGUGCCGGCAGAAGGCGCAAAGGGUGCGAGGAGCCCGAGGAUGAAGAAUUCACCUGCAUGGAAUAUGACAUUUUUAAAUAUUAAUCCCAUUGUCUGGGCAUACUCUAUGAUAACAUUGGGCACUGAAAUGUUAAGUUCUGUCUUCAGUUUCUACUAUGUGAAACUUUAUUUACAACUGUACAGGAUUUCAGAUGUGGCCUUUUAUCAAGCCCAGAUAAUUUUGAUGGUCUGGAAUAUUCUUAAUAACUUGACUGGGUAUUUUCAAAACUUUAAGGCCGAUUGCUGUUUAAGUCGCCAUGGGUCUGUCUUGUGCGGUGCCCUUUUAUAUGCAAUAGCCUUUCUGCUUCCUUGGUUCCCUUGGAAAUACUAUCAAGAAGGUGACUGGCUCAGUGGACUUCACCUGACAGUAUCAUUAUGCGCUUUUGAUAGCACACUUACUUAUAUUCAGCAAGCCCAGUGUACACUGUUUGUGGAGAUUUUCACUAGACACGAAAGUCGGCUUCAACUUACUGAAAUUAACCCAGUGGCAUCACUAGUCGGAUCUACCAGUAUCCUUUUCUGUGGCCUCGUCUCCAAUAACAUGGAAAGUUUGCCCAAUUUUCAAGCUAUUGCUAUUGUCAUUGCCUUUCUGGGUGCUGCCAGCCUUUACACUGGCAUGCGCAGUGUGAGACUCCUUGAACCUAAAAGAAGCCUGGAGGAAAACUUCUUGGAAACUGACGAGGAUCUUGCCUGUGCCUCUGUGGUCUUAUGGAUGAGACAGAUCUUGUCCCAGAAAAACUUUUACCUUUUUCUGAUUAUGAAUUUCUUCCAAGUCUUCCACUUAACUUUUUUCAACAACUUUAUGAUAAUCUUUACAGAUAAUCUCAUUCCUAGAAAUGUCCUUUCUUCUACCAUGAGAAGCAUCAUGUAUGGCACAGGUUUUAUUUUCCCACAGUGCCUUGUACUUAUGGGUCAGUCCUGGCUGAAGAAGUUUGGUUACUACAAGAUUAUCUUAAUUUCUUUCUACCUAGAAGGAAUAGCCUCCAUUUCCAUGUUAUGUCUGGGCCGGGAAUACUAUUACUGUUUGGCUCUUUAUCUCACUAUUAUCAUGGUGCUCGUGCAAGGUUCUUUUUGCUUGUUUAACCUGCCACUAACUGACAUAGUCGAUGAAAAUUUACUGAAGUUCAAUCAGAAUUCCAGGUUGCCUCUUUUCUCAGUGGUUUUUGGCAUCAAUGCUUUGUUUACCAAACCUGCCCAGUCUUUAGCUCCCAUGAUGAUACUCUCUUCGCUAAGCCAGUACGUAUAUGGAAGCUCAAACAGCAGUGUACUUGCAGAUCUUCAUGAGGAUAUGUUUAGUUUGAUUUGCCUGGGUCCACUGGCCAUUGCAGUAAUUCAGAUUCUGGUUUGGAGCUCAUUCUCAGUGAGAAACAAGCCAGGCUGCACAGGGACUUCUUAAGGCCAACACCAGCUAUUACGAGAUUCAAACAAAGCUUCAAGGUGUUCUUAACUGCUUCUGUUGUGCCAGAAGGCAAAAUUGUUCUUCUGACUUGUUCAGAAAACAAAACAAAUAAAACAAAC